AUGAAAGCGAAGCCACACACAGAUCAUCCCAUCUUGCAAGCAAAGUUUGAGCUACUGAAGAUAUUGGAAGUGUGCAAAAUUAGUCCAUCUCCAUCUCCACCAUCUGAAUUUUCUCUUCCCUUAACCUUCUUCGAUCUCCCAUUCAUCACAGUUCCUCCCACUGAGCGCCUACUUUUUUACUCCCUCCCCGCCGGCGCCGCCGCCGAUGCAAUACUCCAAAAACUAAAAAAUUCUCUCUCUCUGACGCUCUCCCAUUUCUUCCCUCUCGCCGGCAACGUCGUCUGGCCGGAGGAUUCCCCCGAGCCCUUCAUUCUUUACAAACCCGGCGACGGGGACUCUGUUUCCCUCAMCGUCGCCCAAGCCGACGCUGCUCAUUUCCACCGUCUCUCGUCGGACCAAAUAAGGAAGGCCAACGAAUCCCAUUUCCUSGUUCCCCAAUUCCAAGCACCCGACGACACUACUUGUGCCGCUCCGAUUAUGUGUCUCCAAAUCACUUUAUUUCCCGACGUCGGAUUUUCAAUUGGCUUUGCAACCAACCAUUCGGUUGUCGAUGGGAAAACGUUCAUCAUGUUCCUGAAAUCGUGGGCUUCCAUUUGUACCCACGAAUCCGAAUCGGAUCUUCCAACUUUGGAUUUCGACAGGACCGCCGCCAAGGAUCCAGCUGGCCUGCAAAAAGUGUACCUCAAGUACGGCGGAAUUUUCCUCGGUAGAUUCGGCCGAAAGUUGAGACUUUCCCCCAGAGUGGCCACCCCGGACAAUGUGGUCAAUGGCGCGUUUGAGCUAACACGUGCCGACAUCGACAAUCUCCGGACAAUGGCGGCGGGAAGUUCUUCGUCAUCCAAUUCCACGCGCCGUCGUCGUCUAUCAACCUUUGUGCUGACAUACGCCCAUGUCUCGACCUGCAUUAUCAAAGCCCAACAAGUGGACCCGAAAAGUAAAGUUGCUUUAUUUUUCCCCGUGGAUUGGCGGACUCGUUUGGGAGGAAAUCUAGUGGGAGCGAACUAUUUGGGGAAUGGAAUCGGUGGGUGUGGGCUGUUUCUGGAAGCGAGGGAAUUCCAUGGGGAAAAUAGCAUGGGGACAAUUUCCAACAAGUUGAACGGUGUAAUUGUGGAGAUGGAGGAGAAGGCGGAGAGUAAUGAAGUUGGUGAGUUGAUGGACGAGUUGUUCUUGCAUUGGUUCGGUAAUAUGCCCGUAGAUAAAGGAAUUACAGUGGCUGACUCGCCGAGGUUUGAGAUUUACGACGUUGGUUUUGGAUGGGGAUCAAGCUGUAGAAAAGUGGAGCUGGCUUCGAUGACUCCGGGUAUGACAUUUUAUAUGGUUGAGAGUAGGAAUGGUGGAGUGGAGGUUGGAAUUGCUCUUCCACAAGAUGCUAUGGAUCUUUUUUCUUCUCUCUUCAUCGAGGGAUUGAAAGUAUAAUCGUUUUUCUGUUGUUUUGACUUCUUCUUUGCUUUGUUCGUGUGUAUUAUCUUGCCAUUUAAAGUUUUGGCUGAUAGA